AUGCUAGUCUCACCGAUUCCGGGAGCUCAUAACAAAGAAGAGAUUGCCAUCAAUAAUGAAGACUCUACGGAACUCUUCAUCUGCAUGGACCAGCCUAGAAAUAGAUAUCGACGUGGCGACUACCACCCCACUCAGGUUGGCGACGACUAUGCGAUCGGAAGACGAGGCAACACAAGCGCCAGAACUCCACGAGCUCGAGUACAUUCAACACUUGCGCCGCCAAAACCCCACGCCCGGAUACCCGCACGUCGUCCACCUUACAGACUCGUUCUACAUCGACGACACCUAUGCGUCGUAACCGAAAUGGCCCUAUGCAAUCUUCCCUCUCUGGUAGAGCAAUCCUUUGCUGGCUACAGAAUCCCAGAACACGGUGCAAAACACGUCAUACGAGACGUGCUCUCCGGCUUAGACUACGCUUACAACGAUUGCAACAUCAUAUACACAGAUGUCAAAAUCACCAACGUCGUGACGACAGUCCCACAAGACGCGCUACCCAAAGAGGGUUUGGGGCACUCUAAUCUCUGCCCAGCAGCACACAGAGCCCCAAUUGUUCCCAAACUUGAUCCAAAGGCGUGGGGUGAGCUUAGCUUCAAGUUGAUAGGCUUUGGUGUCGGUUACUGUAUCGAUGUCGUCCACUCCUUUCGAGUUACGCUAACGUACACUCGGAAGCUUGCUACGCGGACAAAACCGACGAACACUUUACCCAGGAAGUUUGUCCUGUCGCUAUACGUCCCCCCAGAGGUGGCUUUACGUGCUGGCUAG